CGGACAAAAUAAAAAAAAAAAAACAUAAAAAAACAAAAACUGUUGCAACCAUUUUCUCCGUUUCUCUCUACAAAAAGCCAUAAAAUUUUCAGUUCCUACUCAAACACAACCAAAGCCAUUACAGCACUUGGCUUUGCAGAGACUGACGGAUAGUAUUGGAGAUGGACUCGCCGACGUCGACCGGAGGAUUGUCGGCGCGGAUCGUGCCGGCGCGAUCGUCGAUGAUUGAAUCGAUCGGUGUGUGCGGGUUGUCAGGGGUCGGAAUCGAUAAGGAGAACUUGAAGAAAAAGCUGCUGAUUCCGAAGUAUCUGCGUCUCGCCAUUCGCGACUCCAUCAGGUUUAAAGACGCCGUCGGUGUAGGCGAGCGUUACUUCAAUACCGGUGAACUUAAUGCCCGUGAGGAGGCUCCUGAGUGUCCUAUGGUUGUUUUUGUCAAUUCUAGGAGUGGCGGCCGACAUGGACCUGAACUCCGGGAACGGCUUCAGCAUCUAAUGGGAGAAGAACAGGUUUUUGAUCUCUUUGAUGUGAGACCUCACGAAUUUGUUGAAUAUGGGCUAGUCUGCCUAGAGAAGUUGGCUGGCCUUGGUGAUUUUUGUGCCAGAGAUACUCGAGAAAAGAUGAGAAUUAUGGUUGCAGGAGGUGAUGGUACAGUUGGUUGGAUACUGGGGAGUCUUGCAGCACUUAACAGACAGGGGAGGGAGCCAAACCCUCCUGUGGGAAUCAUUCCUCUGGGUACUGGCAAUGAUCUGGCUAGGAGUUUUGGUUGGGGAGGCUCAUUUCCAUUUGCUUGGAAAUCUGCUGUGAAAAAAUCUCUUCACAGGGCUAUUACUGGUCCAGUUUGCCGUCUAGAUAGUUGGCAUCUUCUAGUGAUGAUGCCAUUUGGAGAAGUUGUGGAUCCACCCUAUUCUUUGAAACACACAGAAGACUGUUCUCUUGAUCAGGGUUUGGAAGUUGAGGGCCCGUUGCCUGAGAGAGUGAAUUGCUAUGAAGGAGUCUUUUACAAUUACUUUAGUGUAGGAAUGGAUGCUCAAGUAGCUUACGGCUUCCAUCAUUUACGUAAUGAAAAACCUUACCUUGCAAAAGGUCCUAUAACAAAUAAGUUAAUCUACUCCAGUUACAGUUGCGGUCAGGGUUGGUUCCUAACACCAUGCGUAAGUGAUCCAAGUUUAAGGGGACUGAAAAAUAUCCUGAGGAUGCAUGUUAAAAAAGUUAAUUGCUCAGAAUGGGAGUUUAUUCCAAUUCCUAAAAGUGUGAGGGCAAUAGUUGCUCUAAACCUUCAGAAUUAUGGAAGUGGAAGAAACCCAUGGGGCAGUCCAAAUCCAGAGUAUUUGGAAAAGAGGGGGUUUGUUGAGGCCCAUCCUGAUGAUGGUCUCCUUGAAAUUUUUGGUUUAAAGCAAGGAUGGCAUGCAUCUUUUGUUAUGGUUGAUCUCAUAUCUGCUAAACACAUAGCCCAGGCUGCGGCUAUUCGAUUGGAAAUAAGGGGUGGGGAAUGGAGAGAUGCAUAUAUGCAGAUGGAUGGUGAACCCUGGAAACAUCCAAUGAGCAACGAGUACUCAUCAUUUGUGGAAAUUAAGAGGGUGCCCUUUCAUUCGCUUAUGAUCAGUGGAGACUGACUUGCUGGGUUGCCUACUAGCCCUUGAUCCAAGAUCAGUGUAAAGUAUGGUUUUCUCGCCAUGGGGCUUGUAAAUUUUAGUUACCUGCCAGGUUAGUAGCUACUGGGAAUUUUUUGUACCAAAUUUCAUUUGAUAGGCCAUUCUUGGUUUCCUUUUUUAGCUGUGAACACAAUUUUUAUUUGCUGUAAGACUGUUCUAUUACCAGGCUUUUCUAGUGCUUAAAUAAAUGAUUCCACAAGGAAAAAUGGUUCUUAUAGAAUUUAAA